UCUUUUACACUUCAUGUGUUUUCCUUCAAAUGGAUUCAUCAACAGACAUUACGUAACGUGUCUAAACGGUCCCAUUUUUUCAAGUUUUAUCCGAAAUUUGUUAUUUUGAACACCAUGUGCUACCUUGGGUCCGUGAACGCAUCUCUUCUCUACUGCACACAUCAUUAACCUGUGAGAGGCUGAGGAUGAGCAGAGGUGUUCAGGAUGAUGAACGGUAUUACUCUGCUACGCGUGACUCCAUCCUUCAUUAAAUAUUCACACUAAAGUGACACUUUGAUUUUUGAUAACAUCUCACAGGCAUCUACUAUUUAUAGGACCGUUUAUGUAUUAUGUAAGCUGUAGCCUUAUAUCAAUAUUUAAAUUUAUUCAUGCAGUGAAUAUCCCCUCCCUGCCUCAUAAUAUUUCUGUGUCUGCAGGCAUCAUAUAAAUAGUUGUGUUUGUGCAGGAUGCAGCAGCUGGGGAAUACAUCCAGCUGUAAACAGGGAACAGAGAGCCCUCCUCUCUCUCCCUCUCCCUCUCUCUCUCUCUCUCUCCCUCUCUCUGUCUAUCCAUCUUUCUAUCUGUCCUCCUGACUGCAGUCUGCAUACAGUGCCACACUGCUGCUGCUGCUGCUGCUGUUGUGUGAUACAAGUGAGUGGGAGGAACAGCUUCCUCUGUUUUUCCUUAGAAAAAUGACGAGACAUUUUUCCGGCACUGCUGCUGCAGGGCUAGAUUUGGCUUCCUGUCUUCUGCAUUGCACAAUCUUUCCUCUCAGCACAGAGAGAUAAAUAAGACAACAGAGGAGUGCUGCAAGACAAGAAGAGGAGAGAGGAUACAGAGGAAAGGACGGAGAAGAGCUGUGGUGGGGUGAGGGGGGUGUGGAGGAUAAUAGAUUAAAAAAAGAAGGGAGAGGGGUUGAAUGGCAGUGGUAUGAGGAGAGAAAGGGAGGCACGAGGGGGUACACACUAGAGGCAGAAGAUAGAGUGGGUUACACUGCAGUAGAAUGAGAGUGAAAGAGAAAGCCAAGAAGCAUUUGAGCUGCCACCCUUCGCCACUCCACUCAGGCUCCGUUGCCUCAUACUCUCCUUUCUGAAGAGGCAAAAAAAGAGGAAUCCACCGUGGAGCCGAGAAGGAGAAGAAGGAGGGGGGCUGAGGAGGAGGAAGCCAGAGGUUCUACACACAAGAUGGCUGCUGUGUCCUCUGCCUCUGACACUGGGGACCCCAGGGGCCGACACCCACCCGAGCGCAGACUGCUGCUUCUUGGGGGCCCACAGUCUGGGAAGACCUGCACAGCCAACUCCAUCCUUGGUGAUGAGGUCUUCGACACUGGGACAGAAACCACUCACAGCAACGUGGGCCAGACGGAGAUCUACGGUCGGAGGGUUACUGUGGUCGACACCCCUCCGUGGGCCAUUCCUAAUGACCCAGAGGAAGACACUGAAACUGACCAUAACGACAAUGCCGGUGCAGAGUCGGACAGCCCGCGGCGCCCCCCACCCAGCCUGGACAGUGAGGGGCCAUGCAUGGGAGCUAUUCUCUGCCCUCCGGGACCCCACGCAAUCCUGCUGGUGGUGUCAGUCACCCAGCCCUUCACUGACACCCACAGGAGGGCGGCAGAGGAGCAGCUGGGGGCCCUGGGUGGAGGGACCUGGAGGUACUCCAUGGUGGUCUUUACAGGGGUGGACAAGCUGCCAAAGGGUAUCUUCAUUGAGGAGCACAUAGCAAACACUGGAGAAGCCCUGCAGUGGUUGGUGGAGAGAUGUGGAAGCAGGUACCACGCUUUUGAUAACACCCGGAAAGACUCAGAGGACAACACACAGGUACCUGAGCUGAUGGAGAAAGUGGAGGAAAUGAUCACUGACAAUCAAGGCUGGUACUUUGAGGUGAAUGAGUUGAUUUUGUUGGAGGAGGAGCAGGCCAGGAGAGCACUGGAGGAGGAGAGGAUGAGGAUGGAGGAGCACGCAAGGCAAAGGGACCAGAUGAUAGGAGGACCUCCCAGAGAGUUGAGGCUGCUGUUGUUGGGUUGGAAAGGCGUGGGAAAGAGCUCCGUGGGUAACUCCAUCCUGGGCCGCCGGUACUUCGAGUCAGGUCAGGAGACAGAGCUCUGCCUCCGGAGGCAGGCGCUGGUGUCGGGCCGUCGGGUCACCAUCGUCGACACCCCGGGGUGGGACUGGUUCUCUGUGAGGCGAACCCCGAAGCGCAUCCGUCAGGAAUCCCAACGCGGGGCAGCCCUCCUGAGACCCGGACCCCACACCCUGCUGCUGGUCCUCCCCGUGGUCUCAUCCCUCACAGCCAGGAAGAGGCGAACUCUUCUGGCCCACAUAGAGACUCUGUUUGGGGACAGCGCUUGCCUCCACACCAUGGUACUGUUCAGCUGUGGCGACUGGCUCGGCCGCACACCCAUUGAGGAGCACAUUCUUAGAGGUGGACGUGAGCUGCAGAGACUCCUCGAGUACUGUGGGAACUAUUAUCACGUCCUGGACAGUAAGACCCCGGGCAAGGACCGGAGCGUCUCAGUCCUGCUGGAUAAGAUAGAGGAGAUGAUCAGGGAGAACGGGGACAAGGCCUUCCUCCCCAUCCAGACUGAGUGGUUGAGCGAGGAGAGCUCUUACUCUUCUGACAACACAGAACCCGAGGAUGACUGUAGAGGAUGCCAACUCCAGUGACUCAGCGGCAGUUCAAGGAAAGUGUUCUAACUGUUUACCCCAGCUCAGCCCAAACAUCACCUCAUAUAACGUAAACCUCAUCGAAGUAUCCAACUUUACAGAGAACUGAGAUAGGACUAAAUCAGAAGCAGGAUCAGUAGCUCUUUGUUAAAUAGAAAGACCAAAACUUACCGAUCACUGAGCAAAGCUCUACCUGGACUAAAAGUGCACAUUUAAAGAAACUGAAAUGGAGAGAAAUGAGAACUGUAUCUGCUUUAAGGGAUCGGGGCACCAUCGCUGCUCAUGAGCAUGUUCAGAAAUCCAACUGCUGCUAUAGAGACCCUGUUUCAACACUGCAGAGUAAAGAAUUACUCAUCAUUGUAACUCAUUACGUUCAGCUUGCACUGAUAAGCUUUGUAUUACAAAUUGGAUUUUUCUGAUGAUGUGAGGCUGAGUGCAUUAUGUCUGUUUGCUCUCAGUUCAAAUCAAAACUAGGAAGACAAUAUUAUUUUUCCACGGUAGAUCUGGUGGUAAAGUACAUUUGUUACCUUUGGUAUCUGUAAAACCUGUAUGUACCAUAUCAUUUUUGUCAGUGGAUUUUGUUGUAUAUUUGUCUGCCUCUACGUUAAGAACCUUUGAUUCUGUUUCCAUCAGUGAAGAUUCAAAGGUAUAGCAACCAGCCCCACAACACCACAACAAAACACUGACAGUGACAGAAAAUAUAGUACAAUAUCCUGGAAUGUGUGCAAUGAUGUAAAAUACCGUGAGGAGAGUCACCAGUUGUUGCCCUCCGAUGAAAGGACACCUUCACACAUGAUACAUUUGGUAACUUUAUCAUCGUUUACCCCAGUGAUAUUAAAAUGAGUUUACUUUCUAUUAACAUUUAAUUAGGCUCUGCUCAGAGAGUCAGGGUUGAAUUGAUUCCUCUAGGGCAAAAUCUGGCACAUUUACAGAAAUGCUGAUUAACGCUGAUUGCAAAACUGCAGAUGUGAGCCACAUAUUAAUUCAGUUUGGAGUUACUGUGAGUAUUUGCUUUAGUUUGCUGAAACAAAAAAAGCCAAGUGGUCUUUGCACCUCAGUUGUAAUUUCUUUCUUUUAGUUUUCUUGUGCAAAAAUAAUCACUUUACCCCAUGCAAUGAACUGAAUCCAUCCAAAGCAGUAAAUAUGAUCAUGUUUAGCCCACCUCUGCUGCUUUUUAGCUCAAAAGAACCUAAGUGAGAAAAGGCUGCAUUAGAAGUAUGUGCAGCCUCAGAUCCCUGAGGAUGCGUUUGGGCUGGCUCUGCUUCACUGUUUGUGGUCAUGCAUCCAGUACAUUUAUCGACAAGGUAGAUUCAGCAAUGUGCCUCAGCAUCAAAGCGUGAGAGUGGGAGAGUGGGAGUACAGCCCUGCGGCAGGGCGGUAUCCUAUAGGCUACAUCAAGCUUUCGCAUGCUACAGAAACAAGAUAACCUCAUGAGUCAUUCAACUCACGUAGGGCUUUUACUACCUGGUAACCUUUUCUACAUCACGGAGACAUCUGUUCCUGACAUGAAAGAGGAUGUUUUUUAAAAAAAAAAUGGAAUAUGAAUAUUCAGUUCUCAGAGGCAUGUAAAGACACCGCAUGCAGUCAAAAGAGUGCCUACCGAGUCAAAGGCCACCUCAUUUCUUAUUGCUCUCAAUUUUGCUCGAGCAAGUUAAUGUACAUUUCUGGUAUGACAUCACAUCCCUGUACCUUUACAACUGCAAAAAAAAACAACAAAAGAAAACACAGAGAAAAGGAGAUUUACAUCUUUACAGAUACCUUAAAUGUGACCAACACACUGCCAUGCUGUAUCAUUUUAUUUUCUACCAAUGAUGUAGCCGUUAAUAGAAUCCCUGACACUGCUUCCUUUAGUCUUACUGACUCUGUGCUUCAUCUAGUGACUUAGGCAACUGCAGCACUUAGUGUGUCCAGCAUGACUUUACAGUUUGAUAUGAGGAUGUUUCAGUCAUUCGGAGUCUUAGAGUCCCACUCCACUUAUAUUGUAUAAUGCAGUGUAUAUUUACAGUGUAAUAUAUGUUACAUUGUGGGCUUUUAGCAAAGCAUUUUUGCACUGUGUAAGUUCUACCACUUUACUGUAGCCAAAGUGAUGUAACCUCCUGUGUGGUCCUUACUAAAUGGUGAUUGCAUCAUCAGUACUUUGUUCAUCCUCAGCCAACAAUAAAAGAUAUGGAUAUAUUGUUGUGUA